UGAAGUUUCCUAUAUGCUUUUUUCUUAUCAAAAUUUUAGUCUUUAAUUUUCUUUAAUUAUAAAUUUUCAAACUCGUAUAAUUUCCUAGAAGCUGUGCUCUGACAAUGAUUGAUCAAGAUUUUAGCUUUUCUUUUGUUUUUCUCUUUCCACUAGAAUUUAAAUGGACCCUUCUAUUAUCUUCCCCACUAUCUUUAAUGGGUUGCUGUUGAUGUCUGUUCCCUCUGCUUUUGUCUUCUCUUCUUUUAUUGUUUCAGAAAAAUCUUUAUAUGCUUCUUUCUCAGGUAUAGAUAGAUUAUACAUAUAUAUAUAUAUAUAUUGGUGUUUUGAGGUGAUCUCUUGGAUAAAAUAUAUAAACAUUUAUAUAUCGAUGGCUGGUAUGUUACCUGGUGUUGAAUGUGCUAGAAGAAGAAGGUUUCAUCAAAGCAGUGAUUCAACUGCGGCCGCCGCAUACGGUGGCUCUACAAGAAGGUCCUCUUUUUGCUUGUAUACGGGCAACCAUGAAUCUUCCCAUGGUUCAACCUCUUCUUUGCAAAGAAACAUAUUAAGCAAGGUAUAUGAGGAUGAGAAGCUAGGAGGAGUAGCAAGACAAGCCAAGGAGAGAUUAGAUGAGAGGCUGAGAACACAAAGGAAAUCAUCAUCUAAAAGGCGCAGUAGCACAGGAAACUUGAGUGGCAGAGCAGAAGGCAGGCCAGUGGGAGAAGGAGAAUUGCAGACAGAGGUAUAUGGGUUGAAGAAGAGUAGCAGUAGUGGGUCUAAGUUGUUUAAUUGGGCCAAAUUGAGUUGGAAGGCAGCUGACCAAGAUGAGUGCACCAUCUGCCUUGAAAGGUUCAAGUCUGGUGAGACCUUGGUGCACCUGCCUUGUGCACAAGUACCAUUGCAGAUGCCUGGUGCCAUGGCUAGAGAACAAUGCUCAUUGCCCUUGUUGCAGAAUGGAAAUACAUGUUCAAUUUUCCUAGGCUCAAUUUGACAUUUUCUUUUUUAAAAUCUGUUUAUUGUAGAUAUCAUGGGAUUAUUAAAUCGCUUCCCUACUACCAGUGUACUGAAAAAAGAAUUGGCAUAAUAGUCUGAUAUGCUCCUCUUAUAAUUAUCA